GUUCUUGUUAUUGACUCUAGUUCUCGUAAUUUGCAUAAAUCAUGUUAUGCUUGUAUAUAUCGUGUACUUCGGGGAGCAUAUUGGAGGAAAAUCUCACCAAGAGAUAGAAGAAAACCAUCGCUCAUAUCUGUUCUCUGUGAAGGAAACUGAGGAAGACGCGAAAUCUUCUCUUAUUUAUAGCUACAAAAACAGCAUUAAUGGCUUUGCCGCUUUUCUUACCCAACAAGAAGCUUCGAAAAUUUCAGAAAGGGAGGAAGUAUUGUCGGUGUUUCGGAGUCAUCCGAGAAAAUACAAAUUGCACACGACGAGGUCAUGGGAGUUUAUGGGCUUACCAGAGUCAACAGAAUCAAGCCACGUGGAUAAAAACUCUUUGUUAUACAAAUCUAGAUAUGGCAAGGGCAUCAUUAUUGGCAUGAUUGACUCGGGUAUCUGGCCAGAGUCUGAAAGUUUCAAUGACGAAGGGAUGGAUGAUGUACCAAAGCAAUGGAACGGAACCUGCCAAGCUGGUGAAGCAUUCAAAUCCUCACAAUGUAAUAAGAAAAUCAUCGGCGCCCGAUACUACCUCAAGGGCUACGAAGCCUUCUACGGCCCCCUUAACUCAUCGUUCGACAUUCGAUCCCCCCGCGAUAUGAACGGUCAUGGGACCCACACGGCAUCCACUGCCGCUGGUCGUGCCGUCAGGAACACCUCCGCCCUCGGCGGCUUUGCCGCGGGGACAGCAUCCGGCGGGGCCCCUCUAGCCCACCUAGCCACCUACAAGGUGUGCUGGCACGAUCCAGACGAGGGGGAAACCGAUUGCUUCGACGAGGACGUCAUUGCUGCCUUCGACGACGCCAUUGCUGAUGGUGUCCACGUCCUGAGCGUCCAGGUAGGGUCUACUAUACCGUACGAACAGAACGGCGUCGUGAUUGGGUCCCUACACGCUGUCCGAAAUAACAUCGUGGUUGCAUGCACCGCGGGAAACGACGGGCCCACAUUGGGCAGCGUCGCAAAUCUGGCUCCGUGGACCAUCACGGUCGGGGCCAGUAGCAUCGAUCGAAUUUUCCCAGCAACUGUCGUUCUCGGGAGUGGCGUCCAAUUCCAGGGCCAAACAGUGACUCCUUAUCACAUGAAAAACACGCUGCAUCCAUUGGUUUUCGCGGGUUCUGUAACCAAUCCCAACGUGCCCAAAAACGAAUCCGGGCAAUGUUUACCAGGUUCCCUUUCUCCUGAAAAGGUGAAACAUAAAAUCGUCCUGUGCUUGAGAUCAGGAGUCGGAUAUAGAAUCCGCAAAGGCAUGGAAGCCAAACGAGCUGGUGCCGCUGGUUUUAUCUUAGGAAAUAAUGAAGCCUACGGGAACGAUAUAACUGUCGAUGCCCAUGUUCUUCCAGCAAUGCACGUCACCUACGAGGAUACUCUCCGUAUUCUGGAAUAUAUAAACUCUACGAGAAAACCACACGCGCUUAUCACGCCAGCUCAGACGGUUGUGGGCAACGUAACGGCACCUUUCAUUCCUACUUUCUCCAGCAGAGGUCCCAACUCAGAUUCACCCCAAAUUUUGAAGCCGGACAUCGCGGCUCCAGGAUUAAAUAUAUUAGCUGCUUGGGGCGAAGCAGCUGGUCCAUCAAUGGUGCGUGAAGAUAAACGCGUUGUAAAGUAUAACAUUUACUCGGGCACAUCUAUGUCCUGCCCGCACGUAUCAGGCGCGUUGGCCCUUCUCAAGGCCGUUCAUCCCGACUGGAGCAACGCCGCGUUAAGAUCAGCUCUCAUGACUUCCGCAAGGGUGAUCGACAAUGAAGGGAAACCCAUUAUGGAUGGAUCGGGCAGCCAGGCUGGCCCGUUCCACUUCGGGGCGGGUGUUUUCGACCCGAACAAAGCAGCUGACCCGGGGCUCGUAUAUGAUGCGACUCACAAGGACUACCUCCUAUUCCUGUGCAGCACUAAGUUUAAGAAACUUGUUAAUCCCUUCAACUUCAAGUGCCCAAAGAAAUUAUGGGGUCCACUCAACCUCAACCACCCGUCGCUAGCAAUACCCAAAUGUAAAAGCACGGUCACCGUCGCUCGGACGGUCACAAAUGUGGGCCCACCUCAGAGCGUGUAUUCUUCCAUCAUAGAGCCUCCACCGGGGACCCAGGUGAAAAUAUGGCCUUCAAAGCUGCAUUUUAACCACACCGGUCAGAAGAUGCGUUUCUACAUCACGGUAAAAAGGGUUGGGAAUUUUACCGGCGGGGUUGGGAAAGACAAGUACUCGUUCGGAUCGUACAAGUGGUUUGAUGGAGUUCAUGUUGUCCGGAGUCCUAUGGUUGUUUCACUUUAG